GAAAAAUGACAGUUGUACGAGGUGGUUCGUUAAAUGUACGAAUUUUAUUCAGUCUUUUAUUUUUUGCGAAUUUGCGGUAAUCGGUUCAAUAAUUAAAUGUGAAAAAAUUGUUUAAAGAAAAAUUCUUAAUAAAAAUAUUAAAAAGAAUCUAAAUUAAAUAAUAAAAUAUCUAUUUGAAAUAAAGUAUUGAAUAAAUAAAAGUGUUUUGCCCUUAAAAACGAAAAAAAUAUAUACAGUUUUUUCCAAUAAAAUAACUGUAAAUUAUAUAUGUACCUAUGCAUAAUUUUGUGGUGUGUGCAAAUAGUGCAAAUAAGAAGGUUUAAAAAUAAUAAUUUAUUAAAAAGUAAAUAAUAAAUUAAACGACUUUCAUAGUAAUGAAAAGUUCGAAAAGAAAAUUCUUAUUAGAAAAUUCUAAAAUUGUGCAAAACAUAAAAAACAGCAAUAAAAAAGUUUUUCUUCUUUUUUUUAUAUGUGUGAGAGCCAGACAUUGAAAUCCUGUUUUUGUGUACAACAAAAACAAUAAUAAAUAAUAAUAAUAAUAGCAACAACAAGAACGACACAACAAAACAUAAAUAUACAAAACAAAAAUAAAAGAAAACGAAAAGAAAAAACUAAUUCUGUAUUUUCCUUUCAUCCUGUAAAAGUUUAUAUGAAAGUUUGUGUGCGUGUGUGUAUAUAUAAAAUAAGAGAAAAGUGCAGUUAAUAUUUUGGAAAAGAGAGCAAAACAACUGCAGUGAAUUAUUAAAGAAAAUAUUAAAUUGAAAAAUUAAAACAAUAAAUAAAAAAAGAAUUGCGUAUUUUGAAAAUAGGUAUAAAAAUUGUGCAAAAAAAAACAAUAAAAAUUUUGUAUAACAUUUUUUUGGCACUCUCCCUUUUCUCUUCUCAAUUGUCUACUCCUUAGUUAACAGGGUUGUUUUUGUUGUUAAUAAACAAAAAAAUAACAAAAACCAACAUAGACAACAACCAACAAAUAAGAAUAAAAGAAAUAACAACAACAACAAAUAAUAAUAACUAACAAGCAUUUAUUAUUAUAUUUUGCUGUGAAUGAAAAACAACAACUAAACUAAAGUUGUAUUAUUUUUGUUGUGUUUUUAGUAGACAACGAGUAGAAAGAAAGAAGAAGCCUCCCCUUUCUUUUGACAUUUGUGUUGUGUCCCUGUCAAAUCCAUAAAAAUAAACUCACGCAAUAACACUAGGAUUCCUCUUCACCUUUUAUGUUUUGUAUAAAUUUGCCGCCUGGAAUUUUGAAAUGCGCGUAAUUUACUCUCCUUGCUGCAACAACGACAAGAACAGCAACAACAACAACCACAACAGCAAGAAUUAACAACAGGGAGGAAACGCUUAAUUACUUUUUAUUUUUACUUCAAACAACUGAAUAUGUAAACUUAAUCAUUGCCAACAUAAUCAUCAUUGGCUAUUGUUGUCCUGGUUCUCAGUUUAAACUUAGUUUCUCAUGGUUUCAUCUUUUGUGGAUUAUUCAAAAAUACGAAAAAAAUACACUUUAUACAGUUUUUUUUUGUGUUGCCUUCUGUUAAGUACAUAUUUGACAGCAACUGUCAAAAAGUGCAUAUCGAAUAGAACAAACUACCAACAACUUGCAAUUUAAAACUUCAAUUUUCAUAAUAAACGACUUAAAAAAAAGAACUCUUUUUACAAAAAUGUCUCGUCAAUUUAUAUAUAGAUUUUACUACAAUCAAACGACUUAAGAAGUUUACACAAAUUAAACUUCUAGAAUAAAUUAAGAAAAUAAAAAUUAAAAAAAAGAAAACAAAAAAAAAUCUACUUUUACAUAUUGUUUUUAUUUUAAAUUUUUUUAUUUUUCGUUAAAAAGAAAAUACAACUCAGCAAUAUAUAAAUUGAAAAUCAUAGACUUUGCAAAACUAAUUAAUGUCAAUUAAAAAUUAUUAACAAAAAAAUCAAUCAACAAAAACGAUUUUUGAACACAACUAAAAAAAAAUCCAAAUUAAUUACAAAAUGGAGAUGAGCAUGGAACGUGAUAGCUCCGCUUUGGGGAGUCUAUUCCAGCAGAUAAUCAAUGAUAUGAAGAACACUUCACCAUUAUGGGAGGAUUUCGUUGCUAAGGCCAGUAAAUUACAUGCUUGUUUACGUGCGGCCAUACAAGCUAUAGCAGCAUAUUUGGAUGCUUUCCAAAAAAUCGCAGACGCAGCAACAAAUUCAAGAGGAGCUUCAAAAGAGAUUGGUACUGCUUUAACCAGAGUAUGUUUAAGACACAAGGCGGUUGAAACACGCCUUAAAACAUUUACAGCUGCUAUAAUGGACUGUCUGGUACAACCAUUACAAGAUAAAUUAGAAGACUGGAAACGUUCUGUAGCUACUAUAGAUAAGGAACAUGCCAAAGAAUAUAAACGUUGUCGUACUGAAUUGAAAAAACGGUCGACAGAUACGUUACGUUUACAGAAAAAAGCCCGCAAAGGACAAUCUGAUACAUUGCAAUCGUUAAUGGAUUCACACAUGCAGGAUGUCACACUAAGACGUGCUGAACUGGAGGAGGUGGAAAAGAAAUCCUUAAGAUCUGCCAUGAUUGAGGAACGUAUGCGUUAUUGCAGUUUUGUUCAUAUGCUGCAGCCAGUAGUGAAGGAAGAAUGUGAGGUUAUGUCGGAAUUGGGUCAUUUACAAGAGGCCAUGCAAUCGAUUGCUUUAGUUACCAAGGAACCUCAAGUUUUACCAGCUGCCAGUGAGGAAUUGAUACAUGAUGCUAAAGCGUCUAUAACUUUAUAUCCCGAAUCACCAAGUGCCAGUGCUGGUGGAGGCGGUUCUCUAUCCCAGGGUGGUUGUUCGAAUUCCUUGGGUUCGCGCAAAUCAUCAGUGUGUUCUAUAAGUUCAAUGAAUAGCAGUGGUUCUAGUAAUUCUCCUGGGCAUCCUCAUUAUCCUAGAUCUUUGUCACAGUUAAUUUCGCCUUCUAUACGCUUAAAGCCCGGCGAAUCCAGUGAUAGUGGCUUUUGCUCUUCACCAGCUUUAACCACACAGGCUUCUUCUAUCAAUAAUCCUUCGCACGCUGUUACCACUUGGCCAACACAUUCCCAAGACACCGUUGAUUUACCAUCUAACGCCUCCGAGCGUCCACACACUAUUUCUUCAGCCUAUGAAAAAGGUCAUCAAAGGCCUCCUUUAACUGUUUACACCUUUCAAAAUCCCGAAACUAUACACGAAGGUGUUGGUGGCAAUAACAAUACUGCUGCUAUAAAUAAUGGUACAGGUGGCAGUUCUUCGGGUCAAAAUACCCCCUCGACCCAAAAGUCACCAGCUGGUGCUUUAACUAGACCACCUUUACCAGUGAAACCAGCUCAUGUGCGCUGUUCAUCAUUAGAACGUCCUCUAUCGGCCAAUAAUAGUCGCGGUAAUGGCACAAAUUUAAUGCAACGUCAAUGUCCAUCACCAAUACCAGCUCAUGUCACAAAAGAGCUAUCAGCACAUCUUGCUCAGCAACAGCAUCAACAACAGCAACAGCUAUUGCUACAGCAGCAACAGCAGCCAAAUCAACAGCAAACUUCCCCGCCUACAUAUGUAAAUAUGUCUGAAUUGGCCAAUAUGGCGGCUAUGAAAAUUACUAAUCAACAACAACAGCAGCAACAGCAACAACAACAACAACAGUCACCAACAAUACAUCAACAGCAACAAGUGUUGCAACAACAACAUUCUAUAGAUUCCAUAUCAUCCAUACACUCUAAUGAUUCGAACGCUUCAAUGCAUCACAAUCAAUCGCCACACCAACAGCAACAUCAACAACAACAUGUUCAAACUACACCACCAUCACAUCAACAACAACCAACACGUUCUCAUUCCUCUAACUCAAAUACACCAUCGUUACACUCUCAUCCAUCCAUUGAAUCGACCGUGGCCACACCACCAAUCGGUCAAACUCCCUCUGCCUCCAGCGGCAGUUCAACCCCCCAGAAUCAUUAUUCACCACUGUUGACCAAUUCACCAUCUUCAACCGCUGCUGGCACACCCAGCGGUGCUAGUAUUACUAGCAGUGGUCUAACAACAAGUGGAGCUGCUGGUGGCGGCAAUAAUUCGGGUAAUAAUUUCAUGUACAAUAUCUGUUCACCUACACCUCCCCAAAGCGCCAAUUCCUCACAAGCUAGUGAUAUUUUAAAAAUAACCGAAUCGGAAGGUAAUGGUACCGUAGCGCCAUCAUCCUUAACCUCUCAGACUAAUGAAUCGAAUAUUGUUUGUUCACCAUCCUCUAUUAAUAAUACAGAAAUUUCUAAUUCAAAUAACGAUGCAGAUUCCUCCGGUAAUGUUGUUGAGAAUGAUGAACGUUCUCGUGCUUCGGUUUUGCAAAAAGCCUCCAUGUUUGAGAAACAAGCUGCUGCAGUCAAAAGUACGCCAACCCCACCGGCUAUUGCUUCUUCUAAUUUGUCACGCAAUAGUGUAGCUGCAGCAGCAAAUAUUGACAACAGCACUAAUGCAGGCAUUUAUGGUACACGCACUAGUAGUCAACACCAACAACAGCAGCAGCAACAAUCACAGUCUAUAGAUCCUCAGGAAGUCGACAAAUGUUUCGAAGAUUCUUUACAAGAAUUAAAUAAUUUAAUUGGCGAAUUAGAUUCUUUUCAACGCGAAAUCGAUGCCUCCAAACAGCAUAAGGAACAUCAUAAGAAUGUUAAAAAUUUAUAUGAUGGUAUUGAUUCCUACAUAUCCAAUGAAACCAUGACAAUAAUAACGGAUGAUAAUACCACCACGAUUAUUUGUGAGACUACCCAACAGCAGCAUUUGCAGCAAACGCAACAGGAGAAGGAUUUUUGUACGGCUAGUAAUCAAACCAAUAGCAGCGGUUGUGGUACAGAUAUUUCCGAUACCACAUCAGAAGAUUGUAAUGCUGAUUCGAGAUCCCUAACUAGUCAAACUGGUAUGGGUGGAGGAGGAGUAGUUGGAGGUGGAUGUGGCGGCAAUGGUAAUGAAUUAAUUGGUGGUCUUUUAAAGACCAAUUUAAAAGCUUUAUCUGGUGGAGCAUUUAACAGUGAUUCCGAAUUAAGUCGUUGUUAUAUCAGUGAAACUAGUUCCAUAACGGGGGGCUGUGCUGGUGAUGGUUAUGAAAAUCCCACAUUUGCACACUUUGCCGCCUCAUCAUCAGCCUCUCAGUGUUAUGAUGACAAUAGAUCCGAUACUUUAUCGCUACAAAGACAAGCUUUGUACGGUGACAAUAUGAGUGAUAAUGGUAGUAAUGUAGUUGUAAUAUACGAUCAUCAACCACCCAUUACACCGGACAUUGAUUAUUGCAAACAAAAUUCCGAAAUUGUUAUGUUACGAACGAAACCGGCACAACACUCUCAAUAUACUCAGGAAAUGCGAGAGCUACAACAAUUACCCGAUAAUCUAACGGAUACCUCCUCUCCCACAUCGCCCAAUGGUACGUCCGAUCAUUCCAUGCAUCAGCAUAUUGCUACGGUGGCACCUGCAAAACAAAGACUCUCAUCAUUCCGAGCAUCUAGUGAACAAUUACAAUUAUUGAAUAGUUCUCCCACAGCAGCGGCAACAACAAAAGCAGCAACAAUAGCGACACCAUCAUCAUCAUCAUCAGCGUCGUCGGCUUCAACGACACCUUCAGUUAAUAGUUGUAGUUCUAAUAGUAGUGAGACCAUAAUACGUAAAAAAUUACCACCGAAACCACCAAGUCUAACGGUGUUUCAGGGAAUUUCAACGGCACAAAUGGAAAUCAACAACAACAGCAAUAAUAAUAGUAAAAGUGCGAAAUUAUUACAAACUCCGCCGAAAUUAGAUUUUAAAAGUGAUUUAGAGGCUAAAAUAUUAAAGCAAAAGGAAAAGCUUAAAAAGCAACAAGAAAUUGAACAACUGCAACAACAGCAGCAACAAAAACAAUUAGUAACUCCUAUUAGCCAACAACAAAAACUACAGCAACAACAACAACAUCACAAUAUAAACAACAGUAUUAAUUGUAAUUCCUCUACUAUUAUCAAUAAAACAAAAUCACUGGAAACAUCACAAUCAUCAUCUUCAACUUCAGUUACUGUCUCAUCAACAACAUCCUUAUCACCAACAUCUUCAUCAUCAUUGGCUAGCCAUAGUAAUAAUAUAAAUAGCAUAAAUAGUUUAAACAAUAAUCACAAUUCAUCAUCUCCAUCACUAAUAACAACUCCCAACAAUCAUGAUUCAUUGAAACAUACUUUAAAUAGCCAUCAACCAAAUUCUCAUAUAUAUUCUAAAACACCUUUGACAGCUCAUGCGUUUAAGGCAUCAUCAUCAUCAUCAUGUCCACAACCUGCAUUAAAUUCAGUCUCGUCUUCUUCAGCCUCAUUGAAUGUUGUUAUGCCACCUUUACCACCUCCAUUACCGUCUGCUAUCAAUACCAACAACACCCAUCAUAAUAAUAAUAAUGUUGGUUCUAUGUUGUGUAAUACAUCCCCCGCUCCUUUGUUAGCUAAUGUCGCCAAGCCGAGCAUUACGCCAAGACCAGCUUCAUUGUCGGGAUCUACCCGUAUUGCUAGACGGUCUUCAGUAAAUACUGCCAAACCACCACCGCCCGUAAGACGCAGCUCAUCAGUAACACCUAGUCCAAAUACACCUACAACGCCUACCAACACAAAUGCUAUAAAUAUGUUGCAUCAGCAAGCUCAUUCUUUAAAUACUUCCACCGAAAAUUUUCCUCCACCACCGGCUUAUUUAUUGGAUGCACGUCAAACAACUCCCACCUCUCCACCAUCGUCGAUCAUGCCCAAUUCAUCACAGAAGGUAUCGGAAACUGUUAAAGCUUUGUCGGGUUUGCGUCAUCAACCUGCAUCUCCUCAUACCUUAAGACGUCUCCAACAACAACAACAGCAACAGCAGUUGCAACAACAAUCUAUGUUACAGAGUCCUAUACACCAUCAAAUCUAUUCUCCUAACAUUACUACCCCAACAUCUCCUAUAACAUUACCCAUGCACGAUGAACCUGAAUAUGAUGCUUAUUAUAAUACUUAUGUUGAAGUACAAUCAUUUGCUGAUAACGAUAAACUAAUAACGCCUACAAAAAAUAAUGCAAAUAUUGCUUUAAUGCUUAAUAAUGUUAAUCCUAAUAAAAUAAUAUCACCACUUUAUCAACAGCCACCAAAACAAUAUCAACACCAAUAUACAAAAUCCUCACCUGUUUUGUUAUCACCACCUACAAUUAAACGUACAACGCCCACAACACCCCUUACGCCGCUAUCCUCUUUACAAACUGAUCUUGAUGAAAUUCCCCCUCCUUUGCCACCACCAAAUCCCAAUCAAUCACAAACUACUCACCAUCAUCAACAUCAAUUAUCCUUACCGUUACGUUAUCAGCAGCAGUUGCCUACGCCAGGUAUAACUGCUCAUAGUAAUAAUAAUCAUAUGCCGCCACAGCAAUUACAACAUCAUCAUCAACAACAACAACAGCAGCAGCAAAAUCAAUAUCAAGAGCAACAACCGCAAGAUUAUAAUAAUGGUGAAGCCAUUUAUGGCACAAAUUCGCCAACUUCAUUUCGCACUUCAUCACCCGGCGGCGGAAUAUAUGCACAACCGAAAAUUUUAAAUAAUAUGUCAAGUUUUCGUACCAACAGUCCUGGGCCUAACGGUCAUCAAACACCCACACAAACACAUGUGCCAGCUCAACCAAAAACUAAUCCCAAUCUAAUAGCUCAAUUAAAUGCACGCUUAAAUAGUAAACAACAAAAUUCGAAUGAAGCUAUAUAUGGUGUGUCCUCGAUAAAUCAUCAUCAGCAGAGGGAAGAAAUCUAUAUGCGUAACUAUCAGCAACAGCAGAUGUCGCCACAUUUAACACAGCCACCACAACAACAAACACAGCAGCAGCAAACCUACGACGCCGCUGAAAACAAUGCCAAUGCCACUUUCAAUACCAACCAAAAUCAAAAUCAAUAUUCUUCUCAAUAUUAUGCGCCUAAAAAUUUAACAGCUGCCCAUCAUCAGCAACAACAACAACAGCAACAAGCACAUCAACAUGUGCAAAAAGUGGCAAAUGCUACAAAUAUGCAUCCAUCGCGACAAUCCCAUCAAACAAUGCCUAUGUCUCAGUCCCCCUUGCCGCCACAGUCUGAACCGAUUGUUCAGCAAUCUCAUUAUCAAACGGCUCAUCAUCCACAUCAUCAACAACGCGAGCCAAUGCAUCAUGCAUCAUCAGUUCAGCAUUAUACGUGUCCGCCACCGCUUGAAGAUCCUCCACCACCACCAAUACAUAACAGCAAUAAUAAUUCAGCUACUAUGCCCAAACGUGCGAAUAGUAGCCAUCACCAACAUCAUCAACAGCAGUCACAUAAUUUGGCUGCUUAUGCAGCAGCUUCCUCUGCCGCCACUUUACCUAAAAAUAUGAUUCAACAACAACGUUUACAGCAACAGCAGCAGCAUCAACAGCAGGGUAUAUAUGGUACUCAACAAGCCCAACAGCAACAAUAUCACGCCCCGGCCGCCAUAACAGGCGCCCCUCAACCAGCUCAACAAUAUCAAAAUCCCCAGCAUAUUAGUCAACGUCCACCUAUGCCACUGCCACAUCAUCAGCAGCAGCAACAACAACAACAACAAGCCCAACAGCAACAACAACAACAAACGUCUCAACAAACUACUAAUAGAAAUAAAACUGCCACUGUUAAUGUUAAACAGCCACCGGUACCCUCUCGUCAUUCCAGUGUACAGCAGAAAAUAUUUGUGGCCACAAAUCCCUUCAUACAAACCACUACUAUACACUGUCAUUCGCCCAGUGCAACAUCAUCCGUCCAUUCUCAACCAGCUUCACCUAUUUGUAGUUCACCCACUCCCUCUUCAGUGGCUAGCAUUUAUGGUACCAGCAGUCGUCGCAGCAGUGGCAGUGGUGGUGGUGGUGCUGUCUUGUCUCAUUAUGAUGUUGGCGGCGGCGGUGGUGGUGGUAAUGCUGGCCAAAUGUAUUACAACCAUCAAUUAAAUACUGCCUCCAAUACAAAUUAUACCAGCACAAAUGUCGAUAAAACUGCUAGCAUACGAUCAAAAGCAAAAGCUGAAUUUUUAGAAAAUCUCAAUGCAAAAUUGGCUAAACAAAGUUUAUCAGGUCGAGCCUUUGCUGUACGUAAUUUAAUUAAUAGCAAGGCCUUGAUGUAUCAAAAUUUACAAAACCUUAAACGUCCUAGUGCACAAUAUCGAAAUCUUCCUUUGUUUGACACCAAUGCUACUUCUACUCCUACUAUCGGCGAUGAAGCAUUAUAAGAGUUAAUGAUUUUAAACAAAAAGCCGGAUCCUCGUAUCUGUCAUGAAUCCUUGAUGGAUCAAAUAAAACGUGGGGCUACAUUAAAACGCAACCAAAAGAUUAACGAUCGCAGUGCUCCAAAAAUUUAUUAAGCAACAACAAUAAUUAAUAAUUAAUAA